CAGAAGUAACAGUAAUACAUAGCCAGUGUACUGCAGUACUGUAGUGUGGUGCGCUCCAGCUACCUUGAAAAGGUGUUCGCCUACUGCCCUGGAUUUCCUUCUGUGGUACCGCUACAUUGUGUGACAGUGACUAAGUUAUCCCGAGAUUUAGCGUGUGGAACAGUGAUAAACAUUUUGGAUUAUUUACUGAAGAAUAAAUCUGUACCUAGUUUGGAGAUUACUGUUCACCAGCUUUGCGAUGCUACCAAGACGCUCCUCAUGGGCGAUCAUCAUUUGCACACUGCUUACUGCACAUUGUUCCGCCCAACAAUACACGCCCCUUGUCGCCAGCUCGGACAGCGAGUGCGCCCUGCUUCUGGAAGGACCCGGCAGGACGAGCGCUUUCGAUUAUAACCUCAACGCACUCAGAGGAACUUUUGGCUAUGGAGGCCAGCACACCUGCGUCACAUACGACGCCAUCAAUCAGGCGUACAUCCAGGCGAGGAAACGAAUCAAUGUGGCCCAGCCAAAGACGCCAAUAUGGAAGACAGAAGAAAUAGCAACGGUGGGGGAACUUCUGCAUGACAUUUCCAUCAACCUUGCAAAAAACGUUUUCACGUUUCCUGUCACCCGCAGGUACGGCCUGAGCUAUGAAGACAUCGAAAAGGGGCUUCCCCUCAUCGACACGUCCAAGACACUUAUAAGGGAAGUGUGUCCGCCGUUCCUGGCCAACGUGGAGUGCCGCCCUGGGAAGUACCGGCGGUACGAUGGUCUGUGCUCUAACCUGCAGCACCCGACAUGGGGUGCCACCAUGACGCCGUUCACAAGGUAGGUCUGCUGGUGGGGUCACCUGUACGCCGAUGGUAUGACGGCGCCCAGGAUUAGUGUGACCGGUACCCAGUUGCCCCUACCCCGGAUCGUGUCCAGAACGGUGCAUCCCGACGAGGGCUUUCACGACCACGCGGGCACCGUCAUGGUUGUGGCCUGGGGACAGUUCAUGGAUCAUGACUACACGCUGACAGCCACGCCUCUUGACCCGCUGAACAGGAACGAACCUGAGGAAUGCUGUAACAGGCCUGCCCAUCUUAAGAAUCCAUACUGCCUAGAGAUUCAUAUCCCAGCUGACGACUACUUCUACAGCCUGUUUGGAUUGCGGUGCCAGGAUUUCGUACGGGGAUUCCCCGCUGUGAGGCCUGGCUGCAGAUUAGGUUCAAGAGCUCCAUUCAACACUUUGACGGGCGUUUUAGAUGGCAACACCGUUUAUGGAGUUUCCGAAAAGUUUGCCAGACAUCUGAGAGCAGGAUAUGGUGGCCUGAUGCGAAUGAAUCCCGUAUUUACCGAAUAUGGUUUAAAGGACCUACUGCCGCUUAAACUGGACAUCCCUGAUGAGGGCUGUACGCGACCCAACAGAUCUAUGUACUGUUUUGAAGGAGGUGAGAUCAGAGUGAAUGAGCAACUGGUGCUGACAUGCAUGCACACCCUGAUGGCAAGAGAACACAAUCGUAUUGCCCAUGCACUGUCUCAAAUCAAUUCUCAUUGGGAUGAUGAAACACUGUACCAGGAAACCCGGCGCAUUGUUAUUGCAGAGAUUCAACAUAUAACCUUCAACGAAUUCCUUCCAAUCAUCCUUGGCAAAGAGGUCAUGGAAAAGUUUGGACUCCUUACGCAGAAAGAGGGAUACUGGGAUGGAUACGAUCCUAAUGUCAACCCCAAUGUAAUUGACGCAUUUGCUGCUGCUGCUUUCCGAUUUGGGCACUCUCUCCUGCCUACAGCCAUCGAGCGAUGGAGCAAAGCACACAAGUUUAUCGCAUCUCGCAGACUUUCUGACUUGAUCAGACAACCUUACGACCUGUACCGUGCUGGUGUUCUUGACGAGUAUUUCAUGGGGCUCAUGAACCAGGUUGCACAAGCAAUGGACGAUUCUGUCACUCAGGAAGUAACAAAUCACUUAUUCAAGAAACCAGGAGCACGCUUUGGUAUGGACUUGGCGUCCUUUAACAUGCAGAGGGGUCGUGAAUUUGGCCUGCCAGGAUACAUGGAAUUCAGAAAAUUCUGUGGACUUCCUGAUGCCCACUCUUUUGAUGAGCUUUUUGGAUCAAUGUCAAAUGAAACCAUCAGGAGAUACGCUUCAAUUUACGAGCACCCCUCUGAUGUUGACCUUUGGUCUGGUGGAGUCUCUGAAAGACCACUGCCAGGCAGCAUGGUUGGACCAACAUUUGCCUGCAUUAUUGCCACACAGUUCAGCUACUCCAGACGUGGGGACAGGUUCUGGUAUGAGCUAGGCAACCAGCCUUCGUCAUUUACACCAGAGCAACUCCAAGAGAUCAGGAAAGCAAAGCUAUCACGAGUUAUCUGUGAUAACACUGACCUAAUCGAUACCAUUCAAGUGUAUCCAAUGGUAUUGCCAGACCAUGAGAUAAACCCAAGAGUUCCAUGUCGAAGUGGGGUAAUUCCAGGUAUAGACCUCACUAAGUGGGCAGAUUUUGGUGUACAGGCGACUGUUCCUGGAGCAACACCGUUUGUGAGUAAUUUAGCUUCCGUCUUCGACCACAUUGGCAAGAAGUAGAUCACGCACACAACAGUGGACAUGGCUCCUCUUCACAAUGUACAUUUCUACACUCAAGAUGGUGUAAUGGUGCAGAGUGCUUUUGUGUGUAACAUUUGGUAUUGGGUAACAGGAUGUGUAUGUGUAUAUAGCACAGUGCAGCAAGUUGUUUUUACAAGCGAAACAAAACUUAAAAGUGUAUAUACUAGUAAUUACUUACAAAGACACCAAGAAGAUUAAAACCCUCCUGUUUUGCAGUAUAGCAGCAGACCCUCCUCUGACUUCCUGGUUAAAAUAUUAAGUGUUGAAUCUCCAGUAUUUCUUUGCAAUACACAGUUUUAUUUUCAACUUCACUCACUAGUUUCAUAGAAGUAUGCACCCUUCCAUUCUUCACUACAGUUUAAUUGGUGGUUAAUUUGUCUCCAGUGUGGAUGGCUGAGAUUUGAUUCCCAGUGAGGUGAUUUGGAAUUAUUGUAACUGUCCGUUUUUUAAAAUAAUUCAUCAGCUCUAAGUGUUUCUUCAAAAGUUGCGUUGUUCUUACUGCCAAUAUAUUUUGUCAUAUGCUCCCAUCAAAUUUUACGUUUUUCUUGAAAAACUGAACCCAUCCUGUAGAUGUCUAGAAACGGAAUUAUUUCCUUUCAGUUCCUUGCAUUGAGAAAUAAACCUCUCUCUCUCUCUCUCUCAUUCUUGAAUGUGAAUACGGGAAGAAACAAAAUAAAUGCGUGUUCUCCAAAACCAUUACAGACAUGUUGAUUACAAAAAGUCAUCUAACCAGGAAUCAAACCCGAGCUGCCCACAACGUAGUUAAACACACCAUAAAAUAACGUGAAAAAAGUAGAAAAUAAAGUCUUGUAUUAUACAGAAACAAUUGAGUGACAACACCUGAUAUUUUGGUCAGGAAAUUACAAGAGUCCACUGCCAUACUACAAAAUUAGAGACAAAUCAGAUGGUUUCAAUCGAAGGCAUUCCCUUGGUAUCACAUGUAAACAUACACUGUGUCAGGUCAAGUCAAAUAACAGUGAAUCCUCUGGAAACUUUCUUAAAUACAAAGAUAAAUUAAAGUAUAUCAAAUUAUAAAUUGUUAAAUACCAACCAUUCUAAAUAAUUACAAACUUCUGGAGUAGCCUAAAUCCAAACAUGACACAGCAAAGGCUGUUACUCAGCUUUAGUAUGACUAAAAACCCAAUAUCUUUAUGUCACAAACAACACAGAAUGAGAAAGAAAGUAUCCAUUAAUUUAAACUUGUAUUCAAAAACCAUGAUAUAUACCGUAUGUCAGUUGUCGCUUUGUGUAUAUAAGUAUGUAUGAAUAGACUCUCACCUGAUCAAUUAA